AUUAAGCCAUCCAGUCUUACACCAGAAAUGUGUCAAGUUUUGCGUGAUCUUUAUUUCUCAAAACUCUUAUAUAAUUGAAAGGAAUUACAAAUAUUGAACUAAUUUUUUUUUUCUGGCCCAAGUGUUGUGGUAUUUCCUCCAGGGAGCUGCAGUGCAAGUUGACCUGCAGCUGAGGGUAGUAACGCACCCUGGGGCUCCCGAGUAUUUCAAGUUAAUUUUAAUAUCCCUGUGUUAAUUUACCGAAGUACUAAGUAAUUUGGAACUGCUGUAGAUGAUUGUAUUCAUAGAUUUUGAGCACAUCUUCCUAAAAUUGUAGGAAUGCUGAUUUCGUUUUGGAGGUCAACUAAACAUGCAAAGCUCAGGAUGCAUCUGGAUUACGAAUUUGUUUCAUAAUUUGCUGCUCAGCGAAAGCUAUGUUUAUAAGGCAUCAAUCGGUUUCAAUCCCCUCAGCGCUAAUGUGACGUAAUGUGACGGCUAUGGAGAUCAAAGAUGACAAAACGGAUUCCAGCUACAAGAGUUUAUUCAACACAAGCUGUGUUUGUUGCACUUUCGAAGUUGUAUCUGUAAGCAGUUGUUCUGCUUUCGUUCAACAUAUAUUCAAUUUUUUUCUUGUGUUGGCUCGUUUUAAAAAUCGUCGAGGGUUUCGUUGCAAAUUUGUCAGCAAUCUCUUCAGCUGAGGGUUUUUAGCAAAUUUUUAUUUAAAAUCUUGCAUUAAGUCUUGAACUAAAUGCUUGUUGAAUCUUUGGAUACCAGAAACUAUUUGCCUUUUUUGAAUAAGCUAUCAGGGAAUCUUCCAACUCUGAGCUCCGCCUGCAUAAAUCGUGCGCUUAACUUCAAUGGAGAACAUUCUGCAUGCACGACCAACCCCUGUACAACCGGUCUGCCUGGACGCCGUGCCAAGCCCGGGGCUGCUGAGUGACUUGCGGCGCUCCAACCUGACGGUGCCUACCACGAACCUGGAGGAAGUCAUCGAGCGCAGUAAGAAAUUUCAAGAAACCUUCCCUUCGGAGACUGCAAGACUGCACGUUCUGCUGCAGAGCGGUGUUGAUUCUGGUAAGCUGGAGGAUUUUGUUCAUUCCGUUUACCCCAUCGUACACCACACGUGCCUGAACCUCCUGAGAGACUUUCUGGAUCACAAGCUGCGCUUCGGAACGAGUCCUGAGAAACUGGUGUAUGCUGGUAUGGACGUGGUGUCUUUCAUCGACCGACUACUCAAGAAACGACCCAUGUGCUUCUAUGGCCCAGGCGAUCGCUAUCGUCUGCCGGCUCCUAGUUUCAAAGAAGGAUUUGGUGGAUUCAAUUCAGUUGGGAAUAAUGAAGAAAAAUACCCUUUGGUCAUGAAGAAUUUACUCACCUACGAUGAGAUGAAAAUCUCUGCUCUCGUAUCUCUGUCAAGUUGGUCGUGGUUCGUUAACGACGGCAGGAGAACUAAUUGUGGAAGAAAAGAUAACAAGGAUGACUAUCAGACUGAGGGCGUGAUCGUGGGACAGGUUGGCGCUCGUUUUGAAGUUGAUGGAGUCAUGGAGUAUUUGGACUGCCUCGUGACUCGCCAACAGAACCGCCCCGAGAACGGAUUUGGCACGCCUAGUGCGCCGCACAUCAACGCAGUUUGGGGCAAGUUCUGGGGCGGUGAACUGCCCACUUACCAAGAUGCCACCACCUGCUUGCAAGGGCAGCAGAGCAAGGAAUGGUUGGCUCCCUUUGAGUAUACAAGAGUUGGAAGGGAAAACAUCUUCAACAUCACAGUGUACAAGAAGAGAAUUGCCAUCACUGCCGAGAUUUUGUUGUGUGAGGCCAACAGCCGCGCGCAGGCCUGCGGCAAGAAAGCCUAUGUGCACGUCGUGGGUCUUGGACUCGGCGUGUGGCGCGCCUUUGACGAACAGGAGGAGCUGUACGUGGAAGCCUGGGGAGACGCUAUGAAAAACGUCUGUAAUUUGGAGCAUGUUGCUUUCGUUGAUUUCAGUUACAUAAAUUGCACAUCAGUCCAUGGCACAUCAAACGACCAAAAAUUCCCUGGCACUAACAUAGUGAUAAAAUUCUCCAAACGUAACUUGCAUGAUAAGGUGCCUGCAGACUGCAUACUUGUGUGCAACUAUGCCUGGGAUGGCAACUCCCUCCCUGGCAACGAGUUUUGGGUGGGGAUGUUAGGCUCUACUGGAGACUGCGCGGCUGCGUGCUCCUCUUGUGUUGCCGAGAUUCACAAUCCGCAUGUUAACCCCCUAGUCCUGGGGGCCGCCGUACGCAUCGCCACACAAGAUGGUCAAGUGCUUGCUGUAUCAGAUUACCUUGAGCUCAUAAGGCCAGAAACUUAGGAUCUGCCUCAAGUGAACUGGUUUGAGGCAACACUGUGUGUGUUUUUGAAACGCUUGCACUAAAUAAGAAAAGCGUUGAGCCACAUCAAUAAGUUUACGUGUGCCUUAACUGCAGAAUGUGUGUCCUCAUCUUGCACCAUCUAACGCUGUGCCUUCAGAUAGGUGAUCUUAUUGAACCUCUAAGAUUUACUGCCGCUAUUUGUUCAUUGUCUGUAUGGUACAGUGAACCGAAUUGAUCCUAAGAACUGGUAUUCUGUUGCUGUUUUCGAUGCUAUGAAAGAGUUUCGUUCUCGGUCAUUCAGCCUGUCCGCUCUGUUUACUUAUUUAUAAACUUGUAGAGUCCCGGAGCCUUGAUGAAAUGAAGAAAAUUGCUAUCAUGUUGGUCCAAGCAAAUGAGUAUAUUACUCCAAGCGUUUCGCUAAUCGCAAAAUUUACAUUCCAAUGCAUUAACGUGCUAUUUGUUUCAAAUUUAUGAAUUAUUUUAAUCUGUUGCGUACUGAAACUGAGAAUGAUCUCAAAUAUUUCCUUUACGCGUAACUUGAUUUUCUCAUCAGUACAAACUGCCUUCAUUUAAUAUCAGUCUAAGAUAAUGAAUACUUUUAUUUCUUUAAGUUAGAAGAAACUGAACCAGUUCACAAUACGCCUGUGAUAUUUAAUCCUAAUUAGUUAAAAUAUCGGAAUGACUAUGAUAAUAUUUUAUUAAAUGUUAGAGUUGCUGAAUCAACACUCAAGAAUAUAAUUAGUAGACUGAAGAAUCUCUUAACAGUUAACUGUCUUACAUUACUUACAUCGUUGCAACGAUCGCUGUUCUGUGCUGCGUGCCUCGUUCAUGUUUUGUUUAUUUUAUAAUAUAUUUUAUUUAUGAUUAUAUUUCGCAUAGAUGUUUAUAUAAUCAUGACUCAUUGUCCAUGUUUUCAUAGAAUUUAUGGACAUUUUACGUCAGCCCUUUCGCUCAUUAAAAAGACCGAGAAACUUGCAUUUUAGAUACUCAAACCAUGAAGUUAGACAAAUUUCUAGUCAUGUAUAAUUUUUUUCAAAAGUUAAAAGAAAAUUGGAGUGGAUAAGUUUGCAUUCAUGUUCGCCAUUGUAGAGAUAAUUGGAUAUAAUAUUUGUAUAAUUUUUGAAUAUAAAUUUUUAUUUCUGUGCAUAGCGUGACACGGAACAUAAUCAAGUUAUUGGUCAUAGUUUAGUUAUUGCCGUUUUGCUGUAGAAAUAACUAAGAGAAUACGUCUAUAUUUAAUGACUGGUCUCCAUUUUUGAAAUGCUAAAUAAAAUCAUCAAGUUUGUGAUGAACGAUUUUAAGAAUUGUAUGAUAGGCAGAUGAUUGGCGACAGGUAUGAUAACUUACGCCUCAAGCACAGACCUGGGCAUGUGAGGUAAUAUAGGCUAACAGUCAUUACCACUUAACAGGGAAACAAUGUAAAAGUUACAUAACUCAUUUUUUCUCUAAAUUAGGUGAUCCAUCUUGAAAAUUCCUUGUAUUAAACAAUUAGUAAUAUUCAAGCGAAGGGCCUACUGAUUUAAUGUAUUUCUUAUUAUUUCAUAAAGUUCGUUGCC